ACUGUAUGGUGUUGCGCGUGUGUUUGGUGGUGGUGAUGGUGGUAACAGCAGCUACUACAAGUACAAGAACUGCCGUGAAAGCGGCCACGACGACCCCCGCCCAGAUUGUGCGCGACAGUGACGGCGCGCUGCACAUCAACACCAGCGAUCCGCUCACGCAGCCCGUGCUGGUAAACGGCGUGGAUGUGCUCGAGGAGCUGCAACUGCACCAACGCACGGCGCAGCUGCAAGCACUUACCAUCCGCCAAUACGCGGGAUCACUUGCAAAGCAACAACAGGCCAUCUCUGAGCUGACGAGCACGGCGGAAGAGCAAGCUGGCGUUUUGAGCUCACUGCAAGCCACGUUGUGCCGCCUCAUACCACCAACCGUGGAUACCACCACAAUCUCUGGACUCAGUACUGACGUGGACAAGUGGCUUGGCGGCGUGCUGGCAAACAACGGUCUCAUUUACGGCCUGCCAUACAAGGCGACGUCGGUCCUCAUUAUCGAUCCUGUCGCAAACACGGCUGACACGACCACGAUCACGGGUCUGCCGAGCGGCGAUGGCGCAUGGAGUGGCGGCGUUCUUGCCAACAACGGCCUCAUCUACGCAAUUCCCUUGGAUGGCACGUUCGUCCUCAUCAUUGAUCCCACGUCCAACACUGCAGACACAACGACCAUAGCGGACCUGUCAGAAGGUGGCGGCAAGUGGUUUGGGGGUGUGGUGGCUGCGAACGGACUCAUCUACGGCAUCCCUUGGAACUCCGCUGCUGUGCUGAUCAUCGAUCCAACAACAAACGCCAUCGAUGUGACCAGCAUCGUUGAGCUGUCAUCGGACUGCUGCAAAUGGCAGGGCGGCGUGCUUGCCGACAACGGCCUCAUCUACGCCGCUCCACGCAAUGCCGAGAGUGUGCUCAUCAUCGAUCCGGCCACCAACACAGCAGACACGACAUCGAUUGCGGGGUUCGGCAACGGUGGUGCCAAGUGGGUAAACGGCGUUCUUGCACCCAACGGCAAGAUCUACGCGUUCCCAUACAGUGCCACAAGCGUCCUCAUCAUCGACCCAGCCACCAACACGGCCGACACGACAUCGAUCGCGGGCCUGCCCUCCGACGAGCACAAGUGGCGCAGCGGCGCGCUGGCGAGUAAUGGCAAGAUUGUGGGAAUCCCGUUUCGUACCGUGUCCGUUCUCGUUGUCGAUCCUGCCACAGACAGUGCGGAUACCACAAGCCUCGCUGCACCGUCAUCCUCCUCCAAUUACUGGUUUGGCGGCGUGCUUGCCAACAAUGGCCUCAUCUACGGCAUUCCACACAGUGCCAGCUCCGUCCUCAUCGUUGAUCCUACCCCUGGCUGCUAA